AUGUAAAAAACUCAUUAUAGUUCAUUUAGCAUUACUUCUAAUUCAAUUGAUAAUUCAUAAAACAAUGCUUCCUUAAAAGGUAAGAUCUCAGCGUUAGAAUCCCUGAUGUAUGAAGUAGCUGACUCUGUGGAAAUUCAUAGAAAGGAAUAUCAAUCCUUAAAAUAACUUAAAGAUGAAUUUGAAGCCAUUCUUUCCAACAAAACUGAAGAUAUGCUCAAAACACUUUAGAAUGAAUUAAUUCAUUUAGAUGAUGAAAUGAAAAGGGAAGUUGGAUAUCAAUUGGCAGAAAAUUCAAGAAUUCAAACUUAGCUAACACAUUUAAAAGGUGAAAAAACUGCUCUGGCCAUUAAAUUAAAUGAGCUUCAUCUGAGAAUCGGCAAUCUAGAAGUACAAGUAGGAAAUCAUGAAUAAAAUUGA